GCUGACUACUGUUGGGCAGCUGCUUAAAGUGAACUGCUGAAGCCCUCGGAGAGGAGUCACUGAAUCUGCUCAGCGGCGCGGGCAGAGCGUGGCACUCACUCCGCGGAGAGGACGCGCAGCUGCUCCGUCAGAGAGAGAGAGAGAGAGAGAGCGCUUUUACGCGCAGGGAGGGAAAUCACUCUGAAACGCAAAUGCUGGAAUCUUAAGACCAGGGAUCAAGCAGUGUCUCUCCCUUUUAAGUUACCACGGAAUAUUUUAUUUGGUUGUACCAUCAGUAAAAAGCGGCAGGACAUCUCUUCGGCAAAAUGAAGGGAUUUACACCUUUCUUCAACAUGAUUGUUGUUGCGCUUCUUGUUGCCACGGUCUCUGCGACCAAGUUAAAUGUGCCACGACUGAGACUGUCCUAUAAAGACCUGCAGUCCACCAACAGGUCAUCUAUCUUCAGCGGUCAUCAUGGCCAGCUCUCUGUUACCGCCAUCUUUCUAGACGAGUACCGCGACCGCCUGUUCCUGGGUGGGAAGGACAUCCUGUACUCUCUCUUGUUGGGACCUGCCAACAGUGAAUCCAAAGAGAUCUACUGGCCCCCGUUACCUGGCAACAGAGACGACUGUAUUCAAACAGGGAAGGACCCACAGACGGAGUGCGCCAACUUUGUCCGGCUCCUGCAGCCAUACAACCGCACACACCUCCUGGCGUGUGGCACCGGUGCCUUCCAGCCCAUGUGUGCCUUCAUCUACGUGGGGCACAGAGGGGAGCACGUGUUCGCCAUGGAUCCCUUGAAUGUGGAGAAUGGACGAGGAAAGGUCCCACAUGAUCCCAGCUUCCCCUUCGCCAGCACCUUCAGUGGUGGCGAGUUGUACACGGGACUGACUGCAGAUUUCUUGGGAAGAGACUCCGUGAUCUUCAGGAGUAUGGGAGGUCGCUCAACCAUGAGGACAGAGACUGACCAGAAACUCCUUCAUGACCCCAAGUUCAUCGCAGCCCACCUCAUCCCGGACAACGACGACAGAGACAAUGACAAAGUGUAUUUCUUCUUCACUGAGAAGGCCACAGAGGCAGGCGACCGGGAGGGGGCCAUACACACACGAGUCGGGCGAGUGUGUGCGAACGAUGUUGGGGGCCAGAGAGUGCUGGUGAAUAAGUGGAGCACCUUCAUCAAAGCCAGGCUGGUCUGUUCCGUACCGGGACCUCACGGCAUUGACACACACUUCAACCAGCUUGAGGAUGUCUUCUUGUUGAGGACCAAGGAUGAGAGAAACCCUGAUGUCUACGCCAUUUUCAGCACUAUCAGUAACGUGUUCCAGGGCUUCGCUGUGUGUGUUUACCGUAUGGCCGACAUCAGAGAAGCCUUCAAUGGUCCCUUCGCUCAUAAAGAGGGUCCCGACUAUCAGUGGGGUGUUUAUGAAGGCAGGGUCCCCUAUCCAAGACCAGGCGUGUGCCCCAGUAAAAUCAUCAACCAGCCCGGCAGAGAGUUCAGCAGCACAAAGGACUUCCCCGAUUCGGUGCUGCAGUUUGCUCGCAGCCACCCGUUGAUGUGGCGCCCGGUGCAUCCAGCCCUGCGCCAACCUGUGCUCGUAAAGGCGAACAUUCCUUACAAGCUGAAACAAAUUGUGGUGGACCGGGUUGAGGCGGAGGAUGGGCAGUAUGAUGUCAUGUUCAUCGGAACAGAUAGCGGUACAGUACUGAAGGUCAUUGCCCUGCACAGUGGGAACAGUUUAGAGACAGAGGAAGUCACAUUGGAGGAGCUACAAGUCUUCAAGGUGCCAACUCCUAUUACAUCAAUGGACAUUUCAGUGAAAAGGCAAGCCUUGUAUGUGGGCUCUCCAGCAGGUGUAGCGCAGGUGAAGUUGCACCGCUGCGAGACUUACGGGAAAGCCUGCGCCGAGUGCUGUCUGGCCAGAGACCCUUACUGCGCCUGGGACGGGUCUUCCUGCUCACGAUUCCUCCCCAACAGCAAACGCCGCUUCCGCAGACAGGACAUCAGGCACGGAAACCCCACGCUUCAGUGUGUGGAUCAGAAUCCGAGUGAAGACCUCGAUGUGACGGAGGACAGGAUGGUAUACGGGACUGAAAACAACAGCACCUUCCUAGAGUGCGUUCCCCGCUCUCCCCAAGCCACCGUCACCUGGCUAGUGCAACGGGACGACCGCAAGGAAGAGGUGAAGCUGGAUGACCGCGUGAUGUCCACAGAGCAGGGUCUCCUGUUCCGUCGCCUCUUCCGUCAAGACGAGGGCGUGUACAUAUGCCGCUCCAGAGAGCACGGCUUCACGCAGACCCUGACCCGCCUCACCCUCGAGGUCCUCCAGGGGGACACGGUGGACGAGCUAAUGGCGCGUGACAACACGGGCCUCUCCGAGUCAUUCAAAGACCGGUCCAUGGGAAGUUUCCGGCCCUGGAUGCCUUGCAGCGCGUACAGCCGGGCCGGCUCGUCGAGCCAGAUCGGGCAGUCGCGCACGUGGUUCAAGGAUAUCAUGCAACUCAUCGGGCCGUCGAACCUGCCGCACGUGGAGGAGUACUGUGAGAGGAUGUGGUGCAACGACAAGCUGAGGAGGAAACACAAGAGCAUGCUGGAGAAGUACCGCCAGGCGCAGGAGAGCGCCAGGAAGGCUCGUAGCAAAAGCUCCGGGGAGCGCAACCGGACGCCGCGGGACCUACGGGCCUGGGAGGAGUAAGCAGGAGGGGACAAUAGACGGACAAAAUGAAAGAAGACUGGUGAAAAGACCAGUCCAAACAUUCCUUCUUUCAUUUAUAAGAAUGUAGAAGAUCUGAACCCUGAAAAGAAAUGUUAAAAUCUAAAGCUUAACUGAAAAGCUUCUUCCUGCUGUCUUCUUAAUAUAUUCAGUAAGAAGUGAGACGGUGUGUGUGGGAGGUUUUUGGUUGUAAAGUUGGUGUAUUAAAUGCAUUGGCUAUGGUCUUGGCUGUGGCACUAAGAAGACAGAUGUGCUCGCUUGUCAGGAAAUGCAGCACGACGAGAGAUCGCAAUGCUGAACUGAAGCUGUUGUUACUGAUGUGACGUAGACGUAGAGAUUUUUUUUUUUGAGAAAAAGAGAAAAGACACUUUCAAAUACACCCUGAGGAUGCUUUUUAAAACCUUGCCUACACAGGACUCUUCCUCCUCUUCCUCUCACACUUCUAUUCUCGUACUGACAUGACAGGCACUUCUUGCAUUCCCACAAGUCUUUUUUCCUCCCCUCCGAUGUGUUUCACCCUCAGAUUUAUAAACCAUAUGUAUUCCUAUGGGCUGACUUUACCGACAGCAGACGACGUUCCGUGUUUUCGCUCUUUGAGUUCGGCUCGUGUCAAAUUAUUCAUUUCUCCACACACGCGCUUCUAUGCUGAUUCUUUUUUUUUUUCUUUUUCUGAACAGUCACUGGAUUCAUUUCAUCCUCGCUCUGCAUCUAAUUUGGUCUCUUACAUUUCAGCUCACUUUGCAGCGUGUUUGUAAGAGGAUCUGGUGAAGCGGGCAAGUUAUACACGUUUACAGUGUCUGGUCUUGCCAGCACACACACACACACACACACACACUCAUCACACUGAAGACAUAAGCUCAGCUCGCUCACACUGCCGUAAGACGACUGUUGACGGUUCAACAGAUUAAAGGCACGUUGCUUUAUUUUUAAUCCUGUGGGUUGGACCAUUCCAUUACACACCAGCUAGACACAUCAAUCCUUUAAAGGACAUUUCACAAAUUCAUGCUUUUGGGGGCAGUGAAAUGUACUAAGGUCGGGGAUAAUCCAGAUAUCGAGAUACUUCUCUGAUGAACCUCAUGCAUGGCAGUAACAUUAAAACAUAUUCAAUAAGAAAGCCAGUAAAUAAUCAUUAUUUUAGUGUUUUGUUUGUUACUUAAUUGUCAGAUAAAUGCACAAUAAAUGAUUUCAAUGAUGAUUUUCCAGUGCCCGAG